UGGAGGAGCGGAAAACCCUUCCCCCCUGCACCUGACUCGUGGGUAUUUACGGCACUUUUCAAGGCGCCUCGGCACUGCCACUGCACAAGCGGGAGUGGAUGGGCUGCGCGGGGCCGGCAGCGCCGUAGGGACCAGGAGCGGGACCGAUGCGCCCGCAGUGACACCGCGUGUGCCUGUGCUGCGCCCCCGGGACCGCGACACCCACCCGCAAGGACAGAGAGUCUGCGAGAAGCACAAACGCCGCGUCCAAAAUGCCACGCUCCUUCCUGGUCAAGAAGCAUUUCAACUCGUCCAAGAAGCCGAAUUACAGCGAGCUGGACACUCAUACAGUGAUUAUAUCCCCAUACCUGUACGAAAGCUAUCCAGUCCCAAUCAUACCACAGCCAGAGAUCCUGAGCUCAGUAGCUUACAAUCCCAUUACUGUGUGGACUACAACUGGGCUGCUACCGUCUCCAUUACCCAGUGACCUCUCUCCGCUUUCUGGAUACCCCUCAUCUUUGGGAAGAGUCAGCCCACCUCCACCUUCUGACACCUCCUCCAAAGAUCACAGCGGUUCAGAAAGCCCCAUUAGCGACGAAGAAGAGAGAAUCCAGUCGAAGCUUUCUGACCCUCAUGCAAUCGAAGCUGAAAAGUUCCAGUGCAGUUUGUGCAACAAGACCUAUUCGACUUUCUCUGGGUUGGCCAAGCACAAGCAGCUGCACUGUGAUGCCCAGUCUAGGAAAUCGUUCAGCUGCAAGUACUGUGACAAGGAGUAUGUCAGCCUGGGAGCGCUUAAGAUGCACAUCAGGACCCACACGCUACCUUGUGUCUGCAAGAUCUGCGGCAAGGCUUUCUCUAGACCCUGGCUACUUCAAGGACACAUUAGAACUCACACUGGAGAGAAGCCAUUUUCCUGUCCUCACUGCAACAGAGCUUUUGCAGACAGAUCCAAUCUGAGGGCUCAUCUGCAGACCCACUCAGAUGUGAAGAAAUACCAGUGCAAAAAUUGCUCCAAAACUUUCUCCAGAAUGUCUCUUCUGCACAAACAUGAGGAAUCUGGCUGCUGUGUAGCACACUGAGUCAUGCAGUCAAUGUUUACCUGGACUUGAUGCAUUUCUCCACUUCUGUUCCAAAUGAUAAGUGGAAAUCCAAAGGCGUUUUCUUGUCUACUUUUCAGCCAAAAGAAAACAAAAGCAAAAAACAAAAGCAAACCAACAAAACACCACCAAACAAGCAAACAAAUAAACUAGUGGAAGAAUUUAGAAUGUCAGUAGAAAUGAGCUUUAAGUAGUUUCUGUUCUGCCAUACAUUUGCAUUCUUAAGUGUGAAUUCUGAAAUAGGGGGAAAGACGCCAUGCGUGACAUUUCAAGUAGACCUAAAGGAAGAAGCAUUAUCAGCUUUCUUUAUAGAUGAAGCCAAAUGUAGGUCGUCUUUUCUUGCUUAGAAAAGGCUUCAAAGUUAACAAUACAUUCCUGCCAAGCCAUUUCAACCAAAGAAACAGUAUUUUAAGUGGGAAUUUUAAAGGAAAUACUACCCAAGUGAAUUUUGCUAGACACCAUUUAUCUCAGGUGCCUUAAAAAGUAUUCCAAGUUUACCUUAGUAAAUGUUUAAUAUUCUUCAUUGCUGUUUUUUUUAUUAUUAUUUUAUUAGAAGCCAAGGCCUUUAUUAAUGACCUGAAAUGCUUUAAAACUGCAUAACUAAAAGAGGGAAAAAAGUGAAGAGAAUGUACGAAAAAAUUAAAAGCCACAAAUUAACUGCAUGUGCCUUAAAAAUAAAUAAAUAAAGAGAUAAUACUGUAGCUUCAAACAUUCCUGGUGCAUGCUUGACCAUCCUUUAAUAUGGAAUAGUUCCUCUAAACUUCAUUUUUGUUUUUAAAAAACGGGAAUAAGUGCAAGAGAGGGGAUCCACGGGAGUUUUACAAUUUUUUUUUUUUUUAAUGCACAAAGGAAAUGCAAUAUUUUCAGCAUUACCCCUCCAAGUGCCUUUUUUAUUGAUGAUUUUGUAAAGUAUGUGGACAUAAUGUAAAUAUUUUUAUUUUUAUAUGAUUGAAUGUGUUAUGUAUGAAAGCAAAUUGUUGCCCAUAGCAGCGUCUAUAGAUAACUUGAAGAAAGUGUGAAGUGAAAUUGAUGUUGUUUUCUAGCCACUUUUUUACAAUAAACAUUUUUAAGUAAGAUUUCUGUUGUUUGGUCUAAUUAAACAGCUGUGUGCACGCUUUGGAACAUAGAAAAAUAUGAAGGUCUCUUCAUGACCAAAUGAAGAUAAAAGUGAAUUUCAGAUGUGAAGACUUACUCCACAAGUUCUAAGCAUUAGAAAGGCAUAUAUACAUUGCAUUUUAAAAGACUUUACACCUUACAGUGCAUUUUCUAAUUCGUGUUUUAAAACACUUGCUUUUCUCCUACUUUUAACACUAUGACAACAUGGUGAAAUAUAUUUUAUCAAAAAGAGUUAAGAGUAAUGCAUUUCUCUUGCAUUUUAACAGAUGAAAGGAUGCUAUUAGAGAGGCCUUAUAGUACUUUCCCUGAGACUUUCGCAUCAGGAAACAUGGGCCUGAUCCAAAACUCAUUAAAGUCAGUGGAGCCUUACAGGAGUUCAGCGAUGUUUGCAUGAUGCUCUUUUAAAGUAGUAGUCAAGUCACAGUACAAUAUACUUUAUAUGGCAAUUUCAAGAUGAUUAAAGGUAUUUUAUUAAAAUGUAUUAUAGAUCAGAACUGCCAAGUGAAUGCAUUACAACUGUAUAUCAGCUAAUAUAUCACAGGAAAUAAAUUAUUCUGUAAUAAAAAGUAGAAA